UCCUGUAGCCACAGCUUCUGUAAAAGCUGUCUGCAGACAUGGUGGGGUGAUAAAACAGUACAUGAGUGCCCUCUUUGUAAAAGGAAAUCAUCGAGGAGUGACCCACCUCGAAACCUGGCAUUAGCAAAGGCGUGUAAGGCAUUUCAAAUGGAGAGAGAUCAGAGGGUUUCUGUGGAGUCAGAGGCUCUCUGUUGCCUGCACUCAGAAAAAUUCAAACUCUUUUGUCUGGACCAUCAGCUGCUGGUGUGUCUUAUCUGCAGAGACUCAAAAAUGCAUACCAACCACAGGUUUAGACCCAUCCAAGAAUUUGCACAGGAGCAAAAAAAGGGGCUCCAGAAAUCCUUGAAGCCUUUACAUGAGAAACUGAAAGUAUUUGAACAAAUUAAAGAAAAGUGUGAUAAAACAGCAGAACACAUUAAGGUCCAGGCUCGCCACACAGAGAGACAGAUUAAAGAGCAUUUUAAGAGGAUGCACCAGUUUCUACAAGAGGAAGAGGAGGCCAGGAUCACUGCACUGAGGGAGGAAGAGGAGCAGAAGUUUAAGACAAUACAGGAGAAGAUUGAAAGUCUGAUCAGAGAGAUAGCAGCUCUUUCAGAAACGAUUAGAGCCACGGAGGAGGAGCUGAAAGCCGAAGACGUCUUAUUCCUGCAGAACUACAACGAUGCAGUGAAGUUAGUCCAACAGCAGCCCCUACUGGAUGAUCCAGAGCUGGCCACAGGAGCUCUGAUAGAUGUGGCUAAACACCUGGGCAACCUGACCUUCAACAUCUGGAACAAAAUGAAGAAAAUGGUCUCCUACUUUCCUGUGAUUCUGGAUCCAAACACUGCCAACCCAGAAUUUAUCCUCUCUGAAGAUUUGACAAGUGUAAGUCACGGAGAGCGACAGAAGCUUCCCGAAAACCCAGAGAGGACUGAUUAUCAUCGUUCUGUCCAUGGCUGGGAGGGCUUUAACUCAGGGACCCACAGCUGGGAUGUUGAAGUGGGAGACAACACAGCCUGGUUUGUUGGAGUGGCAGCCGAAUCCAUUCAGAAAAGGGAGCGGGUAAAAUCAGGAUUCUGGCAAAUCGAGUUCUAUAAUGGUAAAUACAGCACACGCAUACUGGGAGCCCCACCGUCUGCUCUCCGAGUAAAAAAGAAGCUGCAGAGGAUCAGAGUUCAUCUGGACUGGAACAGAGGAAAGCUGUCAUUCUUUGAUCCUGAUACUGGCUCACACUUACAGAGUUUCACACACUCUUGCACUGACAAGCUGUUUCCAUGCAUAGGUACUUUAAACGACAUGCCACUGAAGAUAUUGCCAGACAAAAUUUCUGUAACAAGAGAUUAUCUCAGUUAAAGUUUGGUGUAUUUGAUAAGCAGAUGCAUUGUCCUUCUGUGCGUGGACAGACACCAAGGUAAUGUGUCAAAGUAUCACACACAUGACCCAGAACCUAAGGUUUCUCAGCAGAAAACUGCAACGAAAUGAGAAGAUUAAUGGUUUUCUUACCCCCCGUAAGUGGUUUUAAUGUUACUAAUGUUUGCAUGCUGUAAAAUCUGUAGACUUGACCCCCCAGAAAUCAAGAAGUGGGAAAUUCUGCCUGCGUUUCAAUCAUGUUCAAAGUACUUAUUUACCUACUUAAGAAGGAUAAUAGCUGAUUUAUCCUACAGCAAUAAAUGAAUGGGGUGUAUUGCCAUGAACAAUUAUGUCAGGUUUGUUUUGAAUUAAUGAAGUGUAAACCAUGGUAUAUUGGAAAACUAGUACAUCCAAUAACAGUAUUGAAAAGAAGAAAAAUGCGAAUUCAAAUGCAAGGCGAACAUUAUGCUAAUGUAGACAUAUGCACUUUUUCUUGUUUUUAUAACUCGGUUCUGAUCAUCUCUCUACAACCCACAUUUCAGAAAAAGUAACGGUUGCUUAAGGUUUGUCAUUUUCAAGUUAACAUUAUCAGCUCAGUUUCUCUUGUGAUGUCGGGUGGCUGUAGCUCAGGAGGUAGCGCCGGUUAACGACUAGUUUCAAGGUUAGUGGUUCAAUCCCUGGUUAUUCUAAACUGUAUGGAUGCUACCCAAGAAUGGGUAAAUGGGGCAUGUUGUAUACGGUACUUUGGGCGCUUAGCUAGAAUAUAAAAGUUCUAUAUAAGGUCCAUGUUAGGGUGAUAGAGACACAUAGAUAUAAAGACAUCAUUUACUACAGCACGGUUUCAACAACAGUGUUAACAAUUAAGCUGAAAAGAGGCAAUAAUGUAGCAUACUGAAGUAAAACUACUCUACUUAAAGUUAAAUGCACUUUUUAUUACUUUAGUUCAGAUAAUUAGAAUACACUUUUUAAUGAUGUGCACCAUACACAAGUUGUUUGUACUUGUAGAAACUAUACAACAUGUUAAAACACCCAGAACUCACUGUUGUCUCAUCUGUGUGCCCCAUACACAGCACAAAUGUGUGUAUCAAUUAUGUGACAGAUCUCCUCUGUUUCUAUCCUAUGCCUAAUUUGCUGUAUUUACAGUAACACUGGUUUCAUUAACAUUUGAAUGAUAAAAUGUAACAUGAACUUUGACUGGUAGUCACUGAUCACUGCAGAAGUCUUGGAGUCUUUUAGUUUGUUUUAAUCUGAUCCAAAUCAGCGUAUGAGUUUGCAAAACUUGGAACAUUUUCCUGGUGUUUGGAAAAUGUUGAACAGUCUUUGAGCUGCUUCCUGGAAAAAGAGCCCAUGCCCGGUGGAUUACAUGUGAUGCCUUUGUUUAUUUUAUUGCUAGUUGGUACAGUCUAUGCAUUCUGCACAUCCGAAAGAAUAACAUUUUAACAUAACUGGCUUCUUUUUACAUACAUGUUCUGAAAAAUAGCUCAAUAUAACCAAGUCAGCUUGAAAAACUAGCAUGGGUUUGGUAAAUACACUUAUAGAGUAAGUGCAGUGUUUCCUGCUUGUCUGGUGCCAUUUCAUAAAAUGACCACAUGGGGAGGCUGUAGACUUUUUCAUUUUCAUUUAAAGCCUUGGUUGUCACUGAGACUUUAUUGCAGUCAACAGACACUUAAAUAGGUACAUCUUACUGAUACUUUGUUUUGUUCAUAUUAAUGUGACAGCAUCAUGCAAAUUGCUCUUGGUUCUCCUUUGACCUCUGACAUCGACGAGGCAGUUUUACUCCUGCUCACUGGACAUUUUCUCUUUUUUUGGACCAUUCUCUGUAAAUAUCAGGGAUGGUUGUGUGGGAAAUUCCCAGCAUAUAUGCAGUUUCUGAAAUUAGCCUGCCUUAAAUCACCUUUGUUUCCUAUUUUGAUGCUUUUUUUUCAGUUCUCACAGAUGGGACAGACAUGGCUGGG